AUGCCAAAACGGCCGCAGAAUUGCAGUUGUAUGUCCUUGCAGGCUUUUUGCAACAGCUACUUUCUUGAUCUCUUGAGUGCUUGUCAAAAAAUUGUAGGUCAUUUCCACUGCUUGGUUGAUUGCACCUGCCAGUUGCGGGAUCUAUCCAUCAGUCGUGGCACCUUUGAUUGGGGAGUUACAUGCCCAGAGGACAAAGUCGACGGCAAACAACAUGUGAUGUAUGUUUGGUUCGACGCCCUCAUCAACUACUUGAGCGGUGUUGACGGCAUCUACCCUGAGAAACCUCUCAGUCGGUUCUGGCCUGCCAACAUGCAUGUAGUGGGCAAGGACAUUCAUUGGUUUCACUCCGUGAUUUGGCCGGCUAUGCUGAUGAGUGCAGACAUCCCUCUGCCAAAGAGUGUUGUCGUGCACGGGUUCAUCGCUGGAGCAGAUGGACGAAAAAUGUCCAAGAGCUUGGGCAAUGUGGUCGACCCACACGACAUGCUAGAUAAGGCCCCAUGCGAUACUUUGCGGUGGUACAUGUGUCGUGAGGCGCCUUAUGGUGAUGAUAUCAGAUUCAACGAGGACUCUCUUCGCUUGAUGCACAACGCGGAGCUUUGUGACAACCUGGGAAAUUUGGUGAAUCGCGCUGUCUCCCUUUGUGGCGGCAAAGUACCGAGGUGUGCCAAGGAAGAUUUGGUUCCUCUUCCAUUUGACCUGAAAGAGCUGAAGUCCGGUGUGAACGAUGCAUUUGAGAAGUAUCGCCUGUCAGAUGCAGCUGACCUCACUGUGCGAGCUGCUGGAGCCACAAACAAGUGGAUUGCCAACCUGGAGCCGUGGAAGAUGAAGGAAGAAGAGAAGCAAGAGCUUCGUGCUGCUUCCCUACGGAAACUCCUGGAGGCUGUCUAUGUUUUGGCGCAUUUUUUUGCGCCGUUCAUCCCUAUAGCAGCAGAGGCGAUCUUUGCCAAAGUGGGUGAAGCGCCGAGGCCAAUCCCAGAAUUGAGGGAUGACUUCCAGAACUUGACAGAGGGAAAGGAGGUUCAAGCCUCAUCUUUGCUAUUCAGCCAGUUGGAGGUGCAGAAGGCCGCUGCCAGCUGA